AUGACCAUCUGGGACUCUCUGACCGGCCGCAAGGCCGCAUCCACCACCACCGCCUCCGGCUCGCCGCCCGCCGACUCGCAGCCGCCCGCCUUCGACCCGUCGUCCGCCACCGACGUGUCGUCCUUCCUCAACGAGUCGACCGCCUUCGACCCCUCGCAGCUGCACCCGCUGGCCGGCCUGGACAAGGACACGCUCGACUACCUGACGCUCGAGGAGGGCGCCCUGUCAGACCUCCCCGGCGCCCGCUCCGCCCUGCCCUCGCGCGGCUGGUCCGACGACCUGUGCUACGGCACCGGCACCACCUACCUGACGGGCCUGACGCUCGGUGGCGCCUGGGGGCUGGCCGAAGGCCUGAACAAGACCACCCCCCAGAUGGCCCCGCGCCUGCGCCUCAACGCCGUCCUCAACUCCGUCACCCGCCGCGGGCCCUUCCUCGGCAACUCGGCCGGCAUCGUCGCCAUGGUCUACAACAUCUUCAACUCCACCAUCGGCUACUACCGCGGCAAGCACGACGCCACCAACAGCGUCAUCGCCGGCGCCCUGAGCGGCGCCCUCUUCAAGAGCACCCGCGGCCUCAAGCCCAUGGCCAUCUCCAGCGGCCUGGUCGCCGGCGCUGCCGGCACCUGGGCGCUCGUCCGUAAGGUUGUCUUCGAGUAA